UUCAAUCCUAGGUCUCAAGCUGUUCUUGCUGUCUCUUUCUUUUCUUUUUCUUAGAGGGGACCCUUACUGUAGAACAAGUCAUCUUGUCCCAAGGACCAAAGCUUGUCUUUUUUUUUCAAUCUCCAUGCCUUGAUCUGUUUUGGUUUCUUGAUGUAAAACCCAUCUCAAAAAACACCUAGAGAUCUCAUCUUUCAAAUUCUAUUUUCGACUGGGAUUGCUUUUAAGAGAUUCUUGAUCUGUUUCUCUGUUGUAAAGAUAAUAAAAGAGCAUCAUCUGCUGAACCAUAUCAAAUGCAAGUUUGUCUUUGUUAGCUUGAAUGGAAGUGCUACAUGGUUUCAAGAAAGCAUCAAUGAAGAAGCAGCAACAACAGCAAUCCGUUACAGAUACUACAAGACCGCCUCUUGUUCCAGCUGAGAAGAACAAUGCAGUUGCUGCCACUCGCCGGUCUAGAACAGUGGAAGUUAGUUCAAGAUACAGAUCAUCAACUCCUACUAAAACUCGGAGAUGUCCUUCGCCUAAUGUCACGAGGACUGAAUCCAAAAGAGCAGUUUCAGCAGAAAGGAAACGCUCUUCAACGCCAACCACUCCCACUAAUCCGUCCACACCGGUUAGUGAUGUAUCUUUAGAUUUACCGGUUUCGUCUAGGACGUUACCUACUGGUCAAGGCUUAUGGCCUUCUACUAUGAGAAGUCUCAGCGUUUCAUUUCAGUCUGAUUCAGUGUCAGUUCCUGUUAGUAAAAAAGAGAAACCAACUGUUUCGAUUGAUCGGACAUUGAGACCAUCUUUGAAUAUAACACAAAAGCAGAAGAGUGAGACAACAACAACAACAACGUCUGUGUCUAGGAAACUUACCCCCGAGAGGAAAAGAAGUCCACUGAAAGGGAAGAAUGUAUCUGCAUGUCAAUCAGAGAAUUCAAAACCUGUAGAUGGUCCUCAUAGUAGGUUAAUAGAACAGCAUCGAUGGCCUAGUAGAAUUGGUGGAAAGAUCAUCUCAGAUUCUAUGAACAGAAGCUUGGAUCUUGGUGAUAAAGCGGUUAAGAGAAUAUCUAAAACCUCUAAACCUCUGCAGAAGUCUUCUAGUGACUCAGCGAGGUUGUUGUCCUCGUAUGAAAGUAGUGGAUUAGUAAUGUCUCCAACAAACUCAGAAGAUGAGUCUAGACACAGGCUUUUGUCAACAAGUUCAUUAGAUAGGGCAACUUCAGCUAGAGUGCAUCCCUUGUCUGCUCCUGGAUCACGCACUGCUUCUCCGAGCAGAUCCUCAUUUUCAUCAUCAUCCUCUAACUCUCGAGGCAUGAGUCCCUUGAGAGGAUCGAGUCCUUCAAGAGGCACAAAUCUCUCUUGUUUGAGGUCGUCUACACCGCCACCAAGAGGUGUAAGUCCUUCCAGGAUAAGACAAACCAACACGUGCACACAAUCUAGUAACACCGCGACAUCGGUUCUUAGUUUCAUCGCUGAUGUCAAGAAAGGAAAAAAGACAAGUUACAUAGAAGAUGUUCAUCAACUUCGCUUGCUUUAUAAUAGAUAUUCACAGUGGAGGUUCGCAAAUGCUAGAGCUAAGGGAGUUAGAUAUAUUCAGAGGUUAAUUGCUGAGGAAACUCUAUUCAAUGUCUGGCAUGCAACAUCCGACCUGAGAGAUGCUGUGACAACCCAAAGAAUUUGUCUCCAGCAGAUGAAGCUAGAAAUCAAGCUUGAUGAUAUCUUAAAUAAGCAGAUGGUUUGCCUUGAAGAUUGGGCCAUACUUGAGAGAGAACAUGUCAGUUCUUUAGCUGGCGCCAUUGCAGACUUGGAAGCAAAUACUCUGCGCCUUCCACUAACCGGAGGAACAAAGGUGGACCUCAGAUCUCUGAAGUUGGCUAUGUCAUCAGCUCUUGAUGUAAUGCAUGCUAUGGGAUCAUCCAUAUGGUCUUUACACUCUCAGAUGGAAGAGAUGACUAGACUUGCUUCGGAUCUUGCCGUUAUAGCUACAAAAGAGAAUUUCAUGCUUGGUCGAUGUGAAGAUAUGUUGGCUUCAACCGCAGUCAUGGAGAUAGAAGAGAGUAGCCUCAUGACUCAUUUAAUGCAAAAGAAGCAAGAAGAAGAAGAGAUGAUACAAAGUCUCCAUUGUUGCCAUUAAGCAAAGUUUCCACGGCCAACACUUAACAAUGACUUGUAAAUUGCUCUUUUUGGCUGCCAUUUUCUUAUGCCACCAUCCUUUCUCCAUUUUGUCUUUAACUUGUAGGAAAAGGAUGUGAAAUAAAUGGUCUAGAUAAAAUCAAUGAAGAAAAUGCAAUUUAAAUUUAUUUUUC